AUGUUCACCUUUGAUCGCAACGCUCUACCACAGUUGCCGACCCGGAAGGGCUUGCUUGUCAUCGAUUUUCAGAACGACUUCCUUUCUGCUGACGGCGCCUUGCCAGUCCAGGAGCCCAAUGAACUCGUGUCCCGCACUCUCGAGCUGGUCAAGGCGUUUCGCAAAGUUGGCGAAGUCAUCUGGGUGUGUUCCGAAUUCGACAAGCCUCGCCAAUCCGCACUCGAAAAGAUUCUGGCCACCGAUGUUAUGCCAAAGCCAACCAGCCUGGCCUCUCGUGUCCGCCGCCGAGGUGCCGCCGCUGAAUCGGAGAUAGACGAGGGAGCCAUCGCCGACGCCGAUCCCGAGGCCUUCCUCGGCCAGCCCGGCCCACCGGUCGUUCGGUCCGCCACCCCCGGAGCACAGUUUCCCGCCGCCGUCAAGAAAGCCAUCGCUCCUCGGGAUGUGACUUUCAUCAAGUCUCAUUACUCGGCCUUUAAAUCAGGCCAGUUAUUGCAGAUGCUACGCGUCAAAUUCGUGACCGACAUCUUUCUCUGCGGCUCUCUCACCAAUAUCGGAGUCCACGCCACGGCUGUUGAUGCCGCGAAGUACGCAUACAAAAUUACUCUUGUAGAGAAUUGUUGUGGAUUUAGAUCCGAUCUUCGCCAGAACAAUGCAGUACAGAGUCUUCUCGACGUCACCGGCUGCGAAGUUGAGGAUAGCCAGGCUGUCAUCGAACGCCUUCAGCCUAAGAAUGCGUCAGCUUCACGGACAUCCACUCCAGCCUCACCGGUUGUUCCCAAAAGAAUUAACGAGCCGAAUGACGGCAAGCCGCCGCCGCCUGCCGGUGACACCGCACACCCCAAGUCAAUCGAGGAUCAGAUGGCUGCACUGAACCUUGACAGUAUUGGAUCACCAUCAGCUGCAAAGCCUAAGUUGCGUUCAUCCACGGUAGAUUCGGACUGUGCAACCAUCUCCGAUGUUCUGGAGGUCGACCCUGAUGCACAGCCGCCACAAACAUCACCCAAGGCCAACGAUGACUCACCCGCCAAAGAAGCUUCUCGCAGCCAUCCCGAGAACACGCAAACCGAGCCUGCUCUGCCAACGGAGAAAGUUUCUGUUCAACCUCAAAUACUUGAGGCUGCCACUGAUGACAAAAACCCCACGCCCGACACAGAACCACAAUCUGAACUGAAAGCAACUCCGGAAAACACAGAGGCAACGAUGGACGGCAAGAAAGACACAGCAGGAAGCUCCCCGCAAACUUCCGAACCACUUUGCGAGGGCGACACUACUGUCAUUUACAACGUUCUCCCUGAGCCUCUUGCCGAGGGUAUAUUCGAGAAAAUCAAAGAUGAGGUCAACUGGCAGAGAAUGUCACACCAGGGUGGAGAAGUCCCGCGUCUGGUAGCCGUUCAGGGCGACGUCGCCUCCGACGGAAGCAUGCCGGUGUACCGCCACCCAUCUGACGAGUCGCCUCCUCUACUUCCUUUCUCACCGACGGUGCUGGAAAUCAAGGCAGAGGUCGAGAAACAACUCGGUCAUCCGCUUAACCAUGCCCUGAUCCAGUUCUACCGUGGUGGCACUGACUACAUCUCCGAGCAUAGUGACAAGACCCUGGAUAUUGUCAAGGGAUCUUACAUUGCCAAUGUCAGUCUAGGUGCGGAACGAACGAUGGUAUUGAGGACCAAGAGACGGGAUAAGGACCCGUCCAGCACUGAGACGCCGUCUGGGGCAGACUCAAAGCAGCGCAAAAUCGAACGCGCGAAGCUACCACACAAUUCAUUGUGCCGUAUGGGGCUUGAGACAAACAUGCGCUGGCUGCACGCUAUCAGACAGGACAAGAGGAUGGAUCGGGAGAAGACUCCCGCCGAACUGGCCUUUUCCGGCGGGCGUAUUUCUCUAACCUUCCGACACAUCGGCACCUUCUUGGAUCGCGAUAGCACCAUGAUCUGGGGCCAGGGGGCCACUGGCAAGUCCCAGGAUCAGGCCCAUCCUACUAUCAACGGCCAGACCCCCGAGGCCGUGGGGAUGCUGCAAGCCUUUGGCACGGAAAAUCACUCGACAACUUUUGACUGGGACCACUACUACGGCAAGGGAUUCGACGUUCUUCACAUGAAUCACUCGCCGCGUCUCUGUAUGUCAGUGGAUCCUGUUGUCAAUAUGCGCAUUGCCUUGAUGUUAGCAGAGCACGGCAUCUCCUACGCCAAGGGCAGUAUGUCACCAUCCUCGGAAGGGAAAGACGGAAAGACUAGUGCCAACGGUGGUUCCGCGAUACCAGAAAGCCAGCCAGUCAAGUUCAUCGACAACGACGCAGCCAAGUCAGUUGUCCAGGGCGACCUGGCAAUCAUGUUGUACCUGGAUGGUGUUCAUGGUUCUACAAAGAGCAAAUCACAGCUUGAACUGGCAACAGUGUUCACUCGUUUCCAGCAGGGCCUUGCAUUGCUCGACAAGUGGCGACGCCUUGAGAAGGACGACGAGGGAAAUCGCGACUUGAAGCCUAUUAAGAAAGAGCUGCAGGCAUGGGGCGGCUACGCUGAGGAAGCGGACUUCAUCGCCGGGAAGAAGGCUUCAUUGGCCGACUUUGCCGUUUGGCCAGUAUUGCACGCCAUUGUCAAAGAGUGUGGCAUCGAGUCCCUGUCUUUGAACGACAAACUGAAAGAGUACUACGAAAAGAUCAGAAACAGGGAUUCGACCGCCAGAGUUUUAGGCGCGGGUAAGCCUGAUGACGCCGAAACUGCGUGA